AAAUAAGUAAACCAGUGACAAAUCAAACGAUUCCCUGUUGCCCAGAAAAAGUACAUUUAGAAUUAAAAUGUUGCGCUUCAUCGCCACAUCGGCGCUUCUCUACAUUAUUUACCAUGUGGCUACCAUUUGCGCUGCACCACAUCCACCGACCACAACCGCUGCGCCGCUGGUCGCUAAUCAGCCAUCCUACGACACCAAAUUCGAUAACAUCGAUCUGGAUGAGGUAUUGAGUCAGGAGCGUCUUUUGCGCAACUACAUCAAAUGCUUGGAGAAUACAGGUCCUUGUACACCGGAUUCCAAAAUGUUGAAGGGUUUCACCAAUUUCAGAGAUACUCCCCGACGCUAUAUCAACCGAUUGCGCCAAGUGCUCGGAGAAGCAGAGGUCUGGCUCAGCGAAGGUGACGCACUUCUUGAUCGACAAACGUCCAGAGGAUUGGGCGCGCUUGGAGCAGAUUUACGAUCCGCAAGGCAGCUACCGCUUAGCCUACUUAGCGGAGAGGGCCAACGGCAAUGGUGAGGAGAAACCUAAGGAAGCGGAUACUAAGGCAUAGGCUUGACCAUUUGCGCUAGUGACAAUUUGACCGAGAUAUGAACCGUUAUGGGAAAAUAGACACAAUUUUUUAACCAAAUUAGAUUUAGCUCUACUUACAAAUACUUUUAGAAAAUUUACUUAGUUUUAUGCUCGCAUUCCAAAAAUCUAAAAAAAAAAAAUAUAAAAAUAUCGAAAAUAUUCAAAAUAUUAAAAAAAUAAGUGCAAAUGUGGCUUA